AUGUUAAGACCUGGUUUAAAUAAAUUCGAUGCAUCACUACUAUCCAAUGAUGGAGGAAAAUAUUCACCAUCCAUAAGAAAACUUCGUCAACAACACUUACAUGACACUAAAUGUUUUACUGGUAAAAUCUUCUUAUCUUCUACACAGUCUUCAUCAAUAACAAAACAAUUUAGUAAACAAACCAGUGAUCCUCAAUUAUCUUCAUCUCAUCAUCAUCAAUCAUCUAUUGAUUUAAUGGCAAUAUCAGUAAAGUGUGAUCAUUGUAAAAAAAAUGAAGGCCUAUUUCAAUGUUGUCAUUGUAAUCAACGUUUAUGUAUUCGAUGUUGUAAUAAACAUUAUAAAAAAGUCACUACUGAAUUUGAACAUUUACAUGAAUUAAGUCAUUGUCUUCUAACGAAAAUAAUUCAUAAAAAAGCUGAUCUUGAAAAACAAAAAGAUGAAACAAUUGAACAAUGUCAUAAAUGGCGUAUUGAUACGAUUAAUACAAUAAAUGAAGCACAUAAACUUUUAAUGCAAACAAUUUAUGAUGAAUAUGAAAUAUUAAAUAAAGAAUAUGAAUUAUUUAUUGAAAAAGAAAUGUCAAAUAUAAAUUCUGAUAAAAAUGAAUUAAUACGAAUGAAAAAAGGAAAUAUUGGUUCAUUACUUUUAUCACCAUCAUCAACAAUAUCAACAACAAAUUCAAUAAAAUCAAUCGAUAUAAUAAAAAAACGUGUUGAAAAAUUAACUAAACAUAUUGAUGAAAUAGGAAAUUUUUCGUUUCAAGUUAAAUUACCUACAUUUAAUAUUAAUGAUAAUUUUAAAGUUGAAUCACAUUUUGGUGAUCAUAUACGAUGUACUAAUGCAAUAGUGCAAAUUGAAGAUGAUAAUAAUGAUACAUUAUUAACUGAAUCUGAAGAUGUAUCUAAAAAAGAAUUUUCUUCAGAUUCUCAAUCAAUAAAUACAUCAUCUCAAAAAUGUAAUCAAAAUGGUUCAUCUUAUUCUAUGAAAGAAAAUAGUGUACUUCAAUCUGAUCAUCAUAAUAGUACUCAUAAAACUGCUUCAUCCUCAUUAAAUCAAUCAUUUAAUAAUCAAUAUGAUAUUCAUUCUUCAAUAGCAACAAAUCAAUUAAAUACAUUCGAUCAUAAUCAUCAACAUAUAAAUACGUUUCAUCGGAUAUUAUCUUCUUCACUACCAUCCAUUGAUAAUACAACUAAUGAUAAUGAAAAUACACAUCAAAAUUUUAAAAUUGAAUAUGAACAUAAUGAUUCAUCAGAAGAUAUAGCUAUUGAACAACCGAGAAAUUGUAUGGAAACAUGUAAUUUACAACGAACAAUGACAUCUUUACCAAUUCGAUUACCAUCAUUAUCUAAUACAGAUAGAUUAUCUAAUGAAAGUCCUUCGUUUUAUUAUCGAACUAAUUCGACUCCUUCAUUUAUUCAAUAA